CCUCGAGCGCGGCAGGCAGGCAGGCGCGCGCGGCUCCGCUCCACGUCGUCCCCGCUCUGUUCAUUCAUGAUUGGUACUCGGCCCCCCGAGACCCAGCCCGAGCGCCGGGAGGGGAGCCGAGCGUGCGGCAGGAGGGGCGGGCAAGCGCGGCUCCCGCAGCGCACGCGGCGCUGGCUCAGGAGCCUCGGCCGGGCGGGCGCACCGGCCCGGUGUCCAGCGCCAGGCAGGCUUCGGGGCAUCGUUCUCGGUCCUCGGCGAGGGAAGCGGCAGGGCCCGGGUCCGAAGGCUCGCCAGGAACGGCUAGCCCUGUGAGUCAGUGCAUGUGCGGGGCUGAAGAAGGAUAGAAAAGGCUCCCAGCGCCCCAGCCCCACGCUCGCUGAAUACCAAGCUGCGGCGAGCUGCGGGGGGCUUUUUUUUUACCUCCUCCAAUUCGGAGUAGAAGAGCCACACUGAUUUCCUUCCAGUGGAGGGGAGGGGCAGGGCCCGAGGUCCCAAGUCGCACACAAGUCUUCGCUGCCAUGGGGGCCGUCAUGGGCACCUUCUCGUCUCUGCAAACCAAACAAAGACGACCCUCGAAAGAUAAGAUUGAAGACGAGUUGGAGAUGACCAUGGUUUGCCAUCGGCCCGAGGGGCUGGAGCAACUUGAGGCCCAGACCAACUUCACCAAGAGGGAGCUGCAAGUCCUUUAUCGAGGCUUCAAAAAUGAGUGCCCCAGUGGUAUGGUCAACGAAGAAACAUUCAAGCAGAUCUACGCCCAGUUUUUCCCGCAUGGAGAUGCCAGCACGUAUGCCCAUUACCUCUUCCAUGCCUUCGACACCACGCAGACGGGCUCGGUGAAGUUCGAGGACUUUGUAACUGCUCUGUCGAUUUUACUGAGAGGAACCGUCCAUGAGAAACUAAGGUGGACAUUUAAUUUGUAUGACAUCAAUAAAGAUGGAUACAUAAACAAAGAGGAGAUGAUGGACAUUGUCAAAGCCAUCUAUGACAUGAUGGGGAAAUACACAUAUCCUGUGCUUAAAGAAGAUACUCCAAGGCAGCACGUGGAUGUCUUCUUCCAGAAAAUGGACAAAAAUAAAGAUGGCAUCGUGACUUUAGACGAAUUUCUUGAAUCCUGUCAGGAGGAUGACAACAUCAUGAGGUCCCUCCAGCUGUUCCAAAAUGUCAUGUAACUGUGAACACAGCCAUUCGGCUCUCAGAGACGUUACUAAACAACCAACUUAACACCUUGAUCGGCCCUCCUUCUGAUUUUACACGCGGACUCUUGGGACAGAAACACAUUUUGCACUCUGGAAGAAUUCUCUGCAGAGACAUUUUGGGGAACCCAGGAUCACGUGGCUCAGUCUCUGAUUGCCAGCUCUUCCUCCUCCCUCUUCUUGAGAGAGACAAGAUGAAAUCGGGUUUGUUUUGGAAGCAUGCUCAUCUCUUCGUACUGCUGCCCUAUGGAAGGUCCCUCUGCUUGAGCUUCAACAGUAGUGCACAUUUUUCUGUUUGCGUGCCCCAGGCUACUGCCUCCAAGUCCAGCAGACCUUGAUGUAUCUGGAAGCGAGAUGACCUGAGCCAAAUGCACAUCAGCUUCUGCUGGUCUCCCAAACCAAUGUGCCUGUUUCUCUUUCUUUGGUGGGAAGAAUGAGUAUAUACAGAACAAUUAGAAUCUACUAUGACUAGAUUGGGAGAGCCAGCGCCUAACGUAUGUAGGAUAGGACUGAAUUAUUAAGCAUGGCAUUGUCUGAUGACCCAAACUGCACAUGUCCUUUGUUUCCAGAGGCAAGGACAAUAAUGCUCUCUCACAUUAGCAUCUAUGCUGGUGGUACAAGUCCCUUAACAUGCACAGGAAGGAAGCCAAUGCCCAGUGGCCCAUGCCUCCACUUCAUCUCCUGCUAGAGCCCAGCACUGCAUGACCCUCCCAGAAAGCCCAGGAUGCCUGCAAAUUGUUGUAAUUUUAUACCAUCUUCUAAUCAAUAAACGGAACUAUUUCUUACACUCUUAAUCUUCAUUUCAUCCACGACAUUGGGCAGAAGAGGAAAUCAGAUCUGUUGUGGAAAUGGAGAAUCCCGUCAUGACCAAUCCUGUGGUUCUCUAACAUCCCAUCUCUGAAUAAAUCCUCUGAGCAGAGGCCAGCAAGGCCCAUUGGAGAGGCUUCCAGGAGGAAAUGUAGAUGGGACUGGGGACCACUGCUUGGCGCCAGGCUCUCUGUGGUUGAGAUCCUACUUGAAUCUCACAGCAACCUUGUGAAGUAGGUAUCCUAGGCACCUAUUCUUCGGAUGAAAAAAAGGAUGCCCAGAGACACGGAGGAAACUGCCCACAACAGCUGGAAGUGGGCUUAAAAGCCGGCCAAACUCCAAAAUCCAUGCCCAGCUCCGUUUCUUAGAGAACAUGAAGACCUUCUCCACCUAUUCCUAAAACUAGCUGUAAUUAUAUACAAACACCAGAAGGUGUUAGAAAGCGGCUGUCGUGAAAACUAAAGCCAUGAAAACAAGUCCAUGAAUUCAAGCCAAAUUACUCUUCCUCUAAAGGGAAACAUGCACAAAGAUGCCCAUAUGGGUUUCUUAGAGGAGCUGAAAUAAGUCCCUUCACAUCAAAAUAAGGCCCAAUCUAAUUGGCAGACCUCAACCACCUCUGCAAAAAACCCAGAUCUUGAAGAGAAGGGGAAAACCUCAGGAGUAGCCAGCCCCACUGAGGGGACUUUUGAUGACCCAUGAGAUUCUGACAGCUAACUGUACUCACAGUUCUAGAAAUGGAGCACAUGACCUAGUCUAGGCUAAUCAUUACCUCCCAUGCCCCUGGUCACAGUGAUUUGUUCAGGGGUAGGCUUAAGACUGAAGCCAGUGCAAUCAUCAUGAAUUUUAGGGUGUUUACAGAGAACGAUGAAACGAAGUCCCUAGUUUUCCUGCUGGACAUGAAUGAAAAAGCACAUAGCCCUGGAAGAUAGAGGCAAUCAUUUUGUAACCUGCAGGAAAGUCAACCUAUAGAUGAAC